AUGAAACCAUCAGCAGAGAAGACUAAACUCCUCAUAUUUGGUAGAGAAAGAGACAACAUUAACCCCACUCUAAAAUUCGACGAGCUGACAAUAGAAAAGAGUGACGAACACACCAUCCUCGGAAUCCACGUCAACACCAAACUCAAUCCCGACAAAUGGAUCAAAAGAAUGCGCGACACAUGGAGACACGGCACCUCGAUCAUCAGAAGAAUAGCGAAUAAACACGGCGGAGAUGGCGAGGGAAUUGCCAGAACGAUAGUUCAAGCGGCACUCAUACCGAAAGUCAUGUAUGGCGGUCGCUUUUACAGAUUGACACUGAAUCAUUGGGCCCGUCUCGAAACUCUGAUGAACGACGCUAGAAGAUGUAUUUCGGGCCUUCCGAGACAAACAAGACUGGAAGAACUACACAAAUGCGUGCCAUUUCCGUCGCUGAAAGAAUUGGCCUCCACGCAGGAACAAGCACAAAGAGUCAAGAUGCAACACACCAAGCAAGGCAGAGAAAUCGCCAAACUACUUGGUUGGAAACUCGAGAACAAUACACCCAUACCAGACCAACUACCACCAUGGGAGAGGAUCGACAUAGCCCAAUCGGCCCCUAUACCACGAAAAAUGAACAGCGACAAAAACAAAGAAAGACGGCGACACAAGGCAAUGAAGCACGCCGAGGAAGUAAAAGCCAUCAUCCAUUGUAACGACUCACAUACCAUUGUCUGCUACCCCGACGCAUCCUUCAGUGAACGAGGAAAUGCUGCUCUUGCGUGGUACGUUGAAAACACGAAAACUACUUGCACAAAACAUGCACCGUACUGCAGAACAGCGCAAGAGGCUGAGAUCACGGCCAUUGAAGAGGCCCUGAAUGCACUAGGACAAGAAGCCCAAUGCGGCACGAGCAUCAUCAUGUUCACAGACUCCCAAGACGCCAUCCGUUCACUGAAGACGCAUCAAGAAACGGGCAAGGCGAUUCGAAAUAUUACGACUACGGCCAUCAAGCUAAGGAUGCGCGACAUCCGAGCCUCGGUACGCUGGAUCCCGGGUCACGAAGGGAUCGAGGGCAACGAGAUAGCCAACGAGGCAGCAGGAGAGUUAACUCGUUCCUUCCUCCGCUGCCUUCAAUGCCACUCCGAAGCUUCUGCGCCCUCUCGAACCCAUCAAAAUCCACCACAAAUGUCACAACCAAUCGAGUCUUCAAAGUGCGAACCUGACGGCUUUUACGACCCUUUUUGGGAAAUUAAAGCAGCCAGGAUCGCUCUGAAGAAAAAUAUCGACAAGCACAAAGACGUGGCACGGGAAAGCCUUCCCAAAGGAUUCCGAAGACACGAAUCCGUCCUGCUAAGAAGACUCCAAGCAGGAGCUGCAAUCACUCCAUCAAUAACAAAGAAAUGGGCGGACGCUAAAAAGAAGAAGAAGAAUCCGGACUUUGUACCAAAACCAGACCAGUGCAAGUACUGCCUAGAGAAUCUCAGGGCAGACACUCAACACUUGGUCUGGGAAUGUUCAAAGCUCGACCAAGAACGCAAUGACGCCCUGGGAGCGCUCAACCAUGAAGACAAACCUUCAACACUCGACGAAUGGGUAAACCCGGCAGGAGACUCAGAACGACGCAGCCUCAUCCUCCGAUCGCUGGUCGACUUUCUGAAGACGGCCGACCUCGGCAGAGACUUGUAG